AUGAUAGAAAUCAUGUCCACUCCCCCAUUGCACAUCCCACCCGCAAUCAUCACAGGCAAAUACACACCUACCCACUCUGCCUACUCACAUACUAUACACACUAUACAUACAGAUCUACCAUACGACGCCCGGGCUGCGUCCCAGUACAUUGCAGAUUACAUUAUUGAGCGCAUCAAUGCCUUCAACCCCACCCCCGACAGACCCUUUGUCCUGGGCCUGCCCACCGGCAGCAGCCCCAUUCUCAUCUACAAACACCUGGUCCAGCGCCACAAGGCGGGCCAGGUCUCGUUUCGCAAUGUAGUCACGUUCAACAUGGAUGAGUAUGUUGGCAUUCCCCGCGACCAUCCAGAAAGCUAUCACAGCUUCAUGUACAAGCACUUCUUCUCCCACGUCGAUGUGAAACCAGACAACAUCAACAUCCUCAACGGAAAUGCCCCUGACCUCGAGGCCGAAUGCCAAAGCUACGAAGACAAGAUCAGCCGUGUCGGCGGCAUCGAGCUGUUCCUUGGCGGCAUUGGUCCCGAUGGUCACAUUGCCUUCAACGAACCAGGCUCCAGCCUCAAGUCUCGCACUCGUGUCAAGACUCUUGCCUAUGAGACUAUACUUGCAAAUUCGAGGUUCUUUGGCAAUGACUUGGACCAAGUGCCCAAGAUGGCCCUGACGGUUGGUGUCCAAACUGUGCUUGACGCCCGCGAGGUUGUCAUCAUCAUCACUGGUGCACACAAGGCUCCCGCCCUCCAGCGAUGCAUCGAGGGGGGUGUCAAUCACAUGUGGACUCUGUCCAGUCUGCAGAUGCACCCGCAUCCCUUGAUUGUCGUCGACGAAGACGCCACCCUGGAACUUCAGGUAAAGACUGUCAAGUACUUCAAGAGUAUUGAAAGGGUCGGAAAGGAGCUAGGGAUGCGUCAGAAGCUCCCCAGAAAGCGCGACUCGCUACUUGACGAGGGUACCUUGCUAGCCCCCGAGGCCCAACAAAACGGUAUCAGGUUGACUGUGCCACAAUUCGACAUCUCCCGUUCACCCAGUCCAGUGCUAGAACCCAUGAGCGCUCGCUUGUCAGACCAAGAAGCGACCGGCGCGAUACAUCCCAUGGAUAUGGAUGAGAUUGCAGAUCAGCCCUCGGUCCGAAUGGGUGCUCGCGUCGUGGGCUAA